AUGGCUUCUGAGGCGUUACCCACGAUUUGGUCUUAUUGGAAGAGUGAGGCACUUUUACGAUUGGGGAAAUUGACUGAAGCUCAAGGGGAAGUUGUGGUUGCGUUAACAGUGUCAGACAAUCCCAAGGUGCCUUCGUUGACAAAAGAAGAGAAGUUAUGGAUAACCGGUCUUAUGGCAUAUGUGAAGCAUGAUUUAGAAGACGCCUCCAAGAGAUUGAACUCUUCCCUCCUAUUGAAUGAUAAAGAUAUCAAAAUCAGAAAACUGUACAAUGUUAUUGAAUCAGAGCGAGAAUCUGAUCUUCAGAAGUUGAAUUACUAUGAAGUCCUCCAAGUCCCUCUAGGUGCAACUGAUGUAGAGAUAUGUGCUGCCUACAAAUCCCGAGCCUUGAUGAUCCACCCUGACAGAGGGAAUGCAAAAAGUCACAUGGAAAUGUCUUAUUUGUCAGGGGCACGUGAUGCUUUGCUGGAUCCCCAGGAGCGUCGCAAAUAUGAUAUGAGACUUGCAUUAAAAAGUGAAGGAAAAUGA